AUGAGAGGCACUCUUAUCCUUAUUGAAGGUCUCGAUAGAUCUGGGAAAUCCACUCAGGGUGAAAUCCUUGCUGGAAAGCUCAAUGCUGAGCUUGUCAAGUUUCCCGAUAGACUGACUCCGAUCGGUCAGAUCAUCAACCAGUACCUUACCGACAAGAGCUUCAGUCUUCCAGACCAAGCUGCCCAUCUUCUAUUUCUGGCCAACAGAUGGGAAUUAGCACUGAAGUUAACAGAAUUGCUCCGUUCAGGGAAGAAUGUUGUCAUGGACAGGUAUAUCUACUCAGGCAUCGCCUACUCCCUAGCGAAGAAAGGAGCUGAGAUGGACAGUUAUGACUGGCUCUAUGGCCCUGAUAGAGGCCUCCCGAAACCUGAUUUGACUCUCUUUCUCACCAUCAGCUUGGAGGAGCUCAGCAACAGAAAAGGGUACGGUGAAGAACGUUAUGAGCAGAUCGAGUUCCAAAAGAAAGUCAAAGCAUGCUUUUUGAACAUCCUAGACUCCUCUGACCCCAGCAUUGCCAUUGUGGAUGUCGAUGGACUCCCGAUUGACCAGGUAACAACCAAGUUAUGGGCCGAAAUCGAGAAACGGGACCUCCACAACCCAAUAGACCGUGAAGUGGAAUACUUCGUGUAA